UAUUCUCCAAUUUACUAUUUUUCAAAUUAUUUUGUUCUUUCUUUCUCGUGUCCUCUGAUUAUCGAUGUAGAGCUUGCCGGAAAGCAAAGGAAAAGACUAAAAGUAUGUUGCACUACGAGGGUGGGUGGCCCCGGGAAAUAGACGUGGGGGAUGAUGAACAGAAGCAGAGGUACUGCAAGAAACUAGAGAAGGAGGAGGGGUACACGCAGACUAUUCUGUCUCUGUGUGAGGGCAUGGAGACCAGUAUUCUGCAGAACAGUGCAAUCGACAUCUAUGAAGACUACUUCACUGAUGUCGACCAGACAGGAGCUGGUGCAGUAGGAGGGGGUAGUUUCGGGGGUGCCGAUGAGUCACGGGGGGACUGGACACCCAAAGUGAAGAGUGAGUUCAAGGACGCCAACGAUAG